CCCAAGCGAAGAGAUGGACGUGCAACGAGGUGGGAAGUGGCCACGCCGGGGCACAGCAACGGUAUGCUCGUACGAAAAUGCGAGUCAGUGAUGGCGGAUACGACGAUCAGCACGUUCACCUCGAAUGAUAGUUAUGAAGGUAGCUUUUCAGGUGGCUGCACCCCUUCCAUUGCUGGGCCAGCCGUGCGUUCUGUAUUACUAGCCAUGCGUGCACCAUACGCACAAGAAUGCAGGUGGAACAAUGGUACAUGAAUGCCGAUUCUGGUGCCCGGUGGAGCCUAUACUGUGAUGCAGCAGACCGGUGCUCGUGUUACACAGCAGCAGGCAGUAACAUGUCCUACAUACCAGUAACAUGUCCUACAUUAGUUUGAGGGACAUGAUGGCAAAGCCUGCCGGCAUCUGCUGAGCGCCCUCAAGGUCG